UGUAGGUUUCCUUGGUGGGCAGGCGUACAUCAUCUUUCCAUGCUUUUCGCUCAUCUCUCUUCUCGUUGAGCUUCUAUUUACCUCUAGUCACUCGCUUGUCUAUCUUUUUGCGUUUCUAUGUCUUUUUGGAAUACGGUGAUGGAUUCCUCACAGGGCGUGCCCUACGGUAGGAGACUCGUGCCGAUAACGAUUGACGAAAUUGCUAGAGAUGACCCAGAGCGGAUAUGCUUCUCAUUUCCACGCUCAGCCGAUAUAGCGGAUGGGUUUCGAGAUAUUAAUUUCAGAACAUUUGCAAAUGCUAUUAAUAAGACGGCACAUUUUAUUCAUAGGGAGAUAGGGCGGAGUUCCAUGUUUGAGACGGUCAUGUACAUGGGCUAUCCUGAUGUUCGUCAUUUCAUCGUUUUGGUCGCGUUAAUCAAGACUGGUCAUAGGGUCCUCUUUAGUUCUCAUCGUAAUAGCGUAGCCGGGCAUGCGGAUUUGAUAAAAAAGACCGAAUGCACCAUCCUCUUCCACACAGCAGGUUUCCCAGUGUCUGGAAUCUUGGAGAAAUGUCGAAUGGAAACGCUAUGCAUGCCCGAGCUGGACUUCCUACUCGAUGACACACCGUGCGACGUUUACCCGUAUAACAAAUCGUGGGAUGAGGCAAAGAACGACCCGUGCAUGGUUGUUCAUACUUCCGGUUCUACAGGGCUUCCAAAACCUGUACCAUGGUCUCACGCAGCACUUCUGACGACAGACUCUCACCACUUGGUUCCACCACUCGACGGGCGUCCUUGUAUAUGGGGCUCAAUCUUUGAUGCUACACAGCGGACAUUCAGCGCCCUCCCUGUCUUCCAAGGCGCUGGGAUCGCCUCCGGCACCGCACUAGCCCUUUUCACAAAUACGGUUGUUGUUCUCGGCCCUCCUGGGCUAGCGACUUCUGACACAUUCUGCCAAGUGUUGGAUUAUGGAAAUAUAGAUGCGGCCAGCUGUUUACCUGUUACUCUUGAGGAGAUUGCCACAAGACCAGACAUACUAGGAAAACUAGCGAAACUUAAAUUCAUUACCUUCGUUGGCGGCGUCCUGACAAAUGAAACGGGCAAUGUUAUCUCUCGCCACUUGCCUCUAUAUAACAUAAUUACGAGCACAGAGACUAGUUCUCUUGUGCAGCAUUCGACUGAUCCAGAAGACUGGCAAUAUGUUUGCCUUAAUUCAAUACACAAUGGUAUCCAGAUGCGCCCAACUGGCGCUACCUCUGGACUGUACGAGCUUGUUUUUGUACCAGACGCAGACCACGCUCUCUUUCAAGGCGUAUUCAAGGCGUAUCCGAGGCUGAGUGAAUACUCCAUGUCCGAUGUCUAUUCGAAGCACCCCACAAAGCCGCAUCACUGGAAAUAUGAAGGAAGGAAGGAUGACAUGAUUGUCUUUCAGAGUGGUGGGAAUUUUAAUCCAAUUAUGCAUCAGCAAUUGAUAAGUUCGCAUCCUGCAGUGCAGAACUGCAUACUACUCGGAAAUGGAAGAUGUAAACCUGCGGCAAUCAUUGAACUAAGAUCAGAAUUUUAUACUGAAGAAGAGGAAGGAAAGAAGACUGUCUUAGAGGCUAUUUGGCCAAAGGUCGAGGAAGCAAAUGCGCUGGCGGACACUAUAGGUCAGCUGGGAAAGGAGUAUAUCAUAUUUGGUAAGAAAGAAAGGCCAUUUGCAAUAGGUGGGAAAGGAACGGUUCAGAAGAAAGCAACGAUUAGGAAAUAUGAACUAGAAAUCGAAGAGUUGUAUGGAGCAAUGGAGAAGAGGUAG